GAUGAAAUUUUAUUGAUAUUGGGUUUAUAAAUAAAGAAUGGUUAUCUAGAUCCACGGCAGUCGUGUCUCAGUCUCGGAUAUCUAGGUUCCCGAGGACCAAGCUUUUUGAAGCGGAGUUUCCUGAUUGAGUCUCCCAAAAUGCGAUGCAGAAAUGUAAAGGUUCAAGAGUCGCUGAACCUCAAGUGAUAGUCCUUUAAAUGGCGAAGAAGAAGAGCUGGUUCAAUCUAGUGAAGAGUUUUUUUCUCUUUGAGACAGUUGCAAAUGCUCAUAAGGAGAAAAGAAGGAAAUGGAUGUUUGGAAGGUUUAGGAUCAAAAGGCUGCCAUCCCUUAAAGCUCCAUCUCCACCAAGUGACGUCACAAAAUGUGAAAUGGAGGAAGAUCAGAAAAAACAUGCUUUAGCUGUCGCAAUUGCCACGGUUGCUGCUGCCGAAGCAGCUAUUGCAGCUGCUCAGGCUGCAGCCGAGGUUGUUCGUCUCAAUGGUUGUUACGACCUUAAAACUAACCAUGAAUAUGCUAGUGAAGGAGAAAUAGAAGAGAAACCCUUGGAUGUUCCAUCUGAUUCUUCCUCAUCUAGUGAGCCUGAAAGGAAGUUGCACGAACUCGCUGCCACAAAGAUCCAGGCUGCCUUUCGGGGAUACCUUGCAAAGAAAGCUUUGAGGGCACUGAAAGGGAUAGUGAGGCUUCAAGCAAUCAUCCGAGGCUGGGUUGUGAGAAGACAAGCAUUGACUGCUCUAAAAUGCUUGCAAUCAAUUGCAAACAUACAGUCCCAGGUAUGUGCAAGGCGAUUCCAAGUGGUUGCAGGCACUUGGCAAGAUGAUGAGAACAGACAGUUGUUGACAUUGAAAGACAAGAUUAUUAAGGUGGACACCAACAGUCAAAGAAGAUGUGAUGAUAGCAUUUUGACAAAGGAAGAAACAGAUGAUAUCAGUUUAACUAAGAAAGAAUAUGCAAUUAAGAGACAAGUGAUGAACUAUCGGAAUUCAACAGAAACAAAACAGAAGAAUGUUAAUGGAAGAUUGAUGUACUGGAUAGACCAAUGGGCGGAUACUAAAAGUAAUGAACUCGGAGUCGAAGAUUUGGACUCGGUUUGGACUUCAAACCGCAAGCCUACUGGGGAAAGCAGAUGUAAACAACUAGGGCUCAAGACUUUUCAGAGACGGUAUCACUGUGAUGCCGAAGGAUCGUAUUCUCCUGUACCGAUUCGGCGUCGAUCAUUUCACGGAAAGCAGAGUUCUCUCGGAGAAGACAGCUCUUUUUUUACCUCUACUGUAGUCCCUACUUACAUGGCUGCUACACAAUCUGCUAAGGCAAAAGUAAGAUCAGUGAGUUCACCGAAGCUAAGACCAGAAACUUGUGAUACUCAAUCCGAAAGCUACUCGACAUAUGAGAACAAACUGUCUAUUAUAUCUUCAGUUACAAGCAGGCCUAGCACUUAUCAGCAAAGAUAUCCAACUCUGAAGGGUUUAAGUUCAAAGCAAACCUCAAAAGAUGUUAGCUUUAAUUGAGUGUCCAAUGCCUAAUUGGUAACGAGCGUUUGUUAUUGUGCUGGUUGAAAUGUAGAUGUUACUUUGUACUUAAACAAUUGAAUGAAUCAAGCUUCAUGUAUGAGACAAGACGAAUUCGGU